AUUGUUCGUAACGCUGACAGAGCUUGAGUUGCCUUCUUGUAGCGAUAGCAACACAGUUUUCAAGUGUGAAACAAGCCAAAAUGUCGGCGUACAAGUACAUAAUCGGCCUGGCCGUUUUGGUCGCCGCCCUGUUGACCGUCAGCACCGUACCAUCCGCUAGUGGAGCUUUCGCUUCCUAUGCUCCUGCCAACAAAUCGCACCAUUUGAUCGUCGGCUACAGGAUGCCCGGCGAUAGACUCGCCCUCAGAGUAGGCGUUACCAAGAAUUCAGGCUGGAUGAAGGUUCAGGUUGUUGAAAAAACCUUCAAUGUUUCAAUGUGGGAACGUAUCACUAUGGUUGAAGCGCUGGACCAGAAGACAAACGGAAACGGCGCGUACGCUAACAUUCUGCGAGGUGGACCCGGAUACAGCAAUGUCACCAUAAAGUUUAAGAGUCAGAGGGGUCACGGCAUUAACUUUAUCGUUAAUCUUUAUUCACGAUAAAUAAUCAACCACAAUGGAAACAGUUCCUGUAACUGGUAUGACGAUUUCUGACUGCAAUGGAGAUUAGAAUGGAGAAGUAAAACAAUCAAUCUUAAAAACUACAUUAUCUAGUAUGUUAUGAGUUAUUUAUUAUUGAAAUACUGUUGCUAUUGCUGCCAAAAGAAGAUAAUUCACUAAAUAUUUCUGUUAAUCACAUUAGUUUUUUAAUGUAUUGUAUAUUAUCAAUAAAUCAACACAAUCAAUGUAAUUAUA